UCCAGCUAAGAUCGUCGUUGCAACAAAGACGCGUAGAUAGAAGAGAAAAAUAAAGAAUUAGUCUAAAACGGAGAAGACAACAGAUAUGACGUCCUCAAAUGUUGGUGAAAAAUAUUGCUUUGCUAUCGAUCGGGGUGGCACCUUUACCGAUGUCCUUUGCAUUUGUCCUGGCAACAAAGUGCGUACCAUGAAAUUGUUGUCGGAGGAUCCGGAACGUUAUAGUGAUGCACCUAGAGAAGGAAUACGUCGUAUACUCAAAGAAGAAACGGGACAGGAUUUGGCUGCCUCUGGUCUGGUGGACACUUCGAAAAUUGGUUGGGUUCGAAUGGGAACCACAGUGGCCACCAAUGCCUUGCUGGAAAGGAAAGGUGAUCCUGUCGUUUUAGUGGUCAAUAGAGGAUUUCGAGAUUUACUCUACAUUGGCAAUCAGGCGAGACCGAAAAUCUUUGAUUUAAAUAUAAAAAAACCAGCGAAUCUCUAUCAGACUGUGGUGGAAGUGGAUUGCCGGAUUGUACCCCAGCAACCAGAUCGUUGUCAAUUGAAACAAAAUUGGAAAAUACUUGAGGGCGUUGCAGGGACCAAAUAUUUGGAGUUGCAACCUGUCGAUGAGGCAAGUGUUCGAGAGUCCUUAACAGUUGCCCUCAAGCAGGGCAUCUCAUCGGUGUCCAUUGUCUUGGCCCAUAGCUAUGCGUGUGCCGAGCAUGAAAAGCAAAUUGGUGCCAUUGCCCGAGAAUUGGGAUUCACCCAUAUUACACUGUCCCACGAAGCCAUGCCCAUGUGCAGGGUGGUGGCCCGGGGUUAUACAGCCUGCGCCGAGGCAUAUUUAACUCCACAUGUGGAUCGUUAUUUGGCUAGCUUCAAAUCCGGUUUCGACAAUCAAUUGGCUGGCGUCGAUGUUUUGUUUAUGCAAUCUGAUGGUGGUCUCACAAACAUGGAGAAUUUCCGUGGGGCUCGUGCCAUUUUGUCUGGCCCCGCUGGUGGCGUAGUGGGCUAUGCCUUGACAGGAUCGCGGGAAACCCAACUACCUCUAAUUGGUUUCGAUAUGGGUGGCACUUCGACAGACGUCUCUCGAUAUGCUGGCAGCUAUGAGCAUGUGAUUGAGAGCACCACAGCCGGAGUGACCAUACAGGCACCACAAUUGGACAUCAACACGGUGGCAGCCGGUGGAGGAUCACGUCUAUUUUUCCGUUCUGGCAUAUUUGUAGUUGGUCCCGAAUCGGCGGGCUCUCAUCCUGGACCUGCUUGCUAUAAAAAGGGUGGACCCUUGACAGUGACUGAUGCCAAUCUGAUAUUGGGACGCAUAUUGCCGCAAUAUUUCCCCAAGAUCUUUGGUCCCAGCGAGAAUGAACCGCUGGAUUAUGAUAUAAGCAAACAAAAGUUUGUGGAGCUGCAGAAGGAGAUCAAUCAGCAUUUGAAGUCCACUGGAGAUAAGAGAGAAUUGAGCAUUGAAGAAGUAGCUCUGGGCUUUAUACGAGUGGCCAAUGAGACUAUGUGUCGUCCCAUACGAGCUUUGACUCAGUCAAGGGGCCUGGAUACGGCCAGUCAUGUGUUGUCCUGUUUUGGCGGUGCCGGCGGACAACACGCUUGUGCCAUAGCCAAGAAUUUGGGCAUUGCCAAGGUGGUUGUCCAUAAAUAUGCUGGCAUUUUGUCGGCCUAUGGCAUGGCUUUGGCUGAUGUGGUGCAGGAAGUGCAAGAGCCCAGCGGUUUGGUCUUUACCGAUGACAAUCAUCAGUUGCUAAAGGAACGGCUGGAUGCAUUGGCAAAGAAAUGUCACGAUAAGUUGAGUAGUCAGGGUUUCCAUCGCAUUGAGCUGGAACCAUUCCUGCAUCUUCGCUAUGAGGGCACAGAUGGUGCUUUAAUGGUGGCUCCAGCCGGCAAGCAAUCCACUGGAAAGUCACCUCUUCUUGCUUCUUAUGGCGAUUUCAAUGCCACAUUCCUGGAACGUUAUCGCACAGAAUUUGGAUUUGUUUUGCAGAAUCGUCGCAUUAUAGUCGAUGAUAUACGCAUACGUGGAUUGGGUAAAAAUGAUACACCACCAGAGUCAAAGGUUGGCCAAGCUGGGCAACAAACACCUCCAGCUGAGGGCACCACACGCUUGCAUUUCGAUGAGGGCACCUUUGAUGCUCCCAUUUAUUUGACCAAGAACCUGAAAGCGGGUCACACAAUACCCACGGGACCAGCCAUACUCAUCGAUCAGCUAUCUACGAUUAUAGUGGAGCCCAAUAGCAAUGUUCAGGUCACUGAAUUCGGUGAUUUGAUUAUGAAUGUUCAGACUGGUGGCAAACAGGGCAUCAAUUCGGAACUAGAUCCUGUCCAUUUGAGUAUAUUCAGUCAUCGCUUUAUGAGCAUUGCCGAGCAGAUGGGCAGAGUUCUACAACGCACUUCAAUUUCCACCAAUAUCAAGGAACGUUUGGAUUUCUCUUGUGCCCUAUUCGGUCCCGAUGGCGGUUUGGUUAGUAAUGCUCCGCAUAUACCCGUUCACUUGGGUGCCAUGCAGGAGACGGUGCAAUAUCAAUUGAAAGUACGCGGCGAGACUCUCAAGAAUGGUGAUGUCAUCUUGGCCAAUCAUCCUUCUGCGGGUGGUUCCCAUUUGCCCGAUUUGACUGUUAUUACGCCAGUGUUUUAUGAGGGUCAAAAUCGUCCUGUAUUCUUUGUUGCCUCACGUGGUCAUCAUGCGGAUAUUGGUGGCAUCACACCGGGCUCCAUGCCGCCACAUUCCACUUCUUUGUCCCAGGAGGGAGCUGCUUUUAAAUCAUUUUUGAUAGUUGAGAAUGGUCAAUUUCAGGAGAAGGCAAUCAUCGAGCAAUUGACCACUCCACCAAAGGAUGUUAAGGGAGCUGUGGGCACACGCAAUCUUAGCGAUAAUCUCUCCGACUUGAAAGCCCAAAUUGCCGCCAAUCACAAGGGCAUUCAAUUAGUAUCCGAACUCAUUGAUAGCUAUGGUCUAGAUGUGGUCCAAGCAUAUAUGGGUCACAUUCAAGCCAAUGCUGAGCUGGCGGUACGCGAUAUGUUACGUCAAAUUGGCCAGGACACUUUGGCGCGAACGGGAUCGACUGUGCUGCAGGCACAGGAAUUCAUGGAUGAUGGUUCGCCCAUCACCUUGAAGGUGACCAUCGAUGCUAAGCUGGGCUCCGCCUUGUGUGACUUUACUGGUUCCGGUGUGGAGGUGUGGGGCAACUGUAAUGCUCCGCGUGCCAUUACUCUGUCGGCCUUGAUUUAUUGCCUACGGUGCAUGGUCGGUCAUGAUGUGCCCCUGAAUCAGGGAUGCCUUGCUCCGAUUAGUGUGAUCAUUCCUAAGAAUUCCAUUCUGGAUCCCUCCGAAGGUGCGGCAGUAGUGGGUGGCAAUGUCCAGACAUCACAGCGCAUUGUGGACACCGUGCUAAAGGCUUUCCGGGUGUGUGGUGCCUCCCAGGGAUGCAUGAACAACAUCACCAUCGGGGAUGAGGAAUGGGGCUACUAUGAAACGGUGGCUGGUGGUGCUGGAGCUGGCCCCGGAUGGCAUGGUGCCGGCGGUGUUCAUACCCAUAUGACAAAUACGCGUAUAACCGAUCCGGAAAUAAUGGAAUUGCGCUAUCCCAUGAUUCUGAAACGUUUCUGCUUGCGUACAGAUAACUCUGGUGGUUCCGGUCAAUGGCGAGGCGGCGAGGGUGUUGAGAGGGAUUUACUUUUCCGCAAGCCAGUUACCUUGUCCGUGCUUACCGAGCGUAGGACACUACAACCCUAUGGCCUAAAUGGUGGUGGUCCAGCCAAAAGUGGACGCAAUUUAAUCUACAAGCAUGAUGGUCGUGUUAUUGCCUUGGCUGGUAAGACUUGCAUCGAUGUCGAAACGGGCGAUACAUUUGCCAUGAAAACCCCAGGUGGAGGCGGUUAUGGUUCUCCUGAGGGUGAGUCAUCUAGCCAGGAUAAAACUGCCAAUGAUGGUCAACGAUUUGUCGAACGUGGCACAGUUUUCAAUUAUCUACAGGCUCAGGAGUCGGCCUAGGUUUCGCUGAAGAGCAAUUUGAAUUUGUGCAAUUUCUGGAAUUCCAUUUUAUGUUUGUUAUUAUAUGUAUAAAUGAAACUUAAACUUGUUAAAAGAAUGCCAAUUAAAUACAGUUUUGAAUAAAAUUCUUACCAAUGUUUAGCACUGA